AUGGGAGCAACUCACCUGGCUGGUGGGGGUGCUGGGAGCAACUCGCCUGGCUGGUGGAAGUGCUGGGAGCAACUCGCCAGGCUGGUGGGGAUGCUAGGAGCAACUCACCUGGCUGGUGGGGGUGCUGGGAGCAACUCACCUGGCUGGUGGGGGUGCUGGGAGCAACUCGCCUGGCUGGUGGGGGUGCUGGGAGCAACUCGCCUGGCUGGUGGGGGUGCUGGGAGCAACUCGCCUGGCUGGUGGGGGUGCUGGGAGCAACUCGCCAGGCUGGUGGGGGUGCUGGGAGGAACUCGCCUGGCUGGUGGGGGUGCUGGGAGCAACUCGCCUGGCUGGUGGGGGUGCUGGGAGCAACUCAACUGGCUGGUGGGGGUGCUGGGAGCAACUCACCUGGCUGAGCAACUCACCUGGCUGGUGGGGGUGCUGGGAGCAACUCACCUGGCUGGUGGGGUGCUGGGAGCAACUCACCUGGCUGGUGGGGUGCUGGGAGCAACUCACCUGGCUGGUGGCGGUGCUGGGAGCAACUCACCUGGCCGGUGGGGGUGCUGGGAGCAACUCACCUUGCCGGUGGGGAUGCUAGGAGCAACUCACCUGGCUGGUGGGGGUGCUGGGAGCAACUCACCUGGCUGGUGGGGGUGCUUGGAGCAACUCGCCUGGCUGGUGGGGGUGCUGGGAGCUACUCACCUUGCCGGUGGGGAUGCUAGGAGCAACUCGCCUGGCCGGUGGGGGUGCUGGGAGCAACUCGCCUGGCCGGUGGGGGUGCUUGGAACAACUCGCCUGGCUGGUGGGGGUGCUGGGAGCAACUCGCAUGGCUGGUGGGGGUGCUGGGAGCAACUCGCCUGGCUGGUGGGGGUGCUGGGAGCAACUCGCCUGGCGGGUGCGGGUGCUGGGAGCAACUCGCUUGGCUGGUGGGGGUGCUGGGAGCAACUCGCCUGGCUGGUGGGAAUGCUAGGAGCAACUCACCUGGCUGGUGGGGGUGCUGGGAGCAACUCACCUGGCUGGUGGGGGUGCUUGGAGCAACUCGCCUGGCUGGUGGGGGUGCUGGGAGCAACUCACCUUGCCGGUGGGGAUGCUAGGAGCAACUCGCCUGGCCGGUGGGGGUGCUGGGAGCAACUCGCCUGGCCGGUGGGGGUGCUUGGAACAACUCGCCUGGCUGGUGGGGGUGCUGGGAGCAACUCGCAUGGCUGGUGGGGGUGCUGGGAGCAACUCGCCUGGCUGGUGGGGGUGCUGGGAGCAACUCGACUGGCGGGUGCGGGUGCUGGGAGCAACUCGUCUGGCUGGUGGGGGUGCUGGGAGCAACUCGCCUGGCUGGUGGGGGUGCUGGGAGCAACUCGACUGGCUGGUGGGGGUGCUGGGAGCAACUCAACUGGCUGGUGGGGGUGCUGGGAGCAACUCAACUGGCUGGUGGGGGUGCUGGGAGCAACUCAACUGGCUGGUGGGGGUGCUGGGAGCAACUCGCCUGGCUGGUGGGAGUGCUGGGAGCAACUCACCUGGCUGGUGGGGGUGCUGGGAGCAACUCACCUGGCUGGUGGGGGUGCUGGGAGCAACUCAACUGGCUGGUGGGGGUGCUGGGAGCAACUCAACCGGCUGGUGGGGGUGCUGGGAGCAACUCAACUGGCUGGUGGGGGUGCUGGGAGCAACUCGCCUGGCUGGUGGGGGUGCUGGGAGCAACUCGCCAGUCUGGUGGGGGUGUUGGGAGCAACUCGCCUGGCUGGUGGGAGUGCUGGGAGCAACUCACCUGGCUGGUGGGGGUGCUGGGAGCAACUCACUUGGCUGAUGGGGGUGCUAGGAGCAACUCACCUGGCUGGUGGGGGUGCUGGGAGCAACUCACCUGGCUGGUGGGGGUGCUCGGAGCAACUCGCCUGGCUGGUGGGGGUGCUGGGAGCAACUCAACUGGCUGGUGGGGGUGCUGGGAGCAACUCAACUGGCUGGUGGGGGUGCUGGGAGCAACUCGCCUGGCUGGUGGGGAUGCUAGGAGCAACUCACCCGGCUGGUGGGGGUGCUGAGAGCAACUCACCUGGCUGGUGGGGGUGCUCGGAGCAACUCGCCUGGCUGGUGGGGGUGCUUGGAGCAACUCGCCUGGCUGGUGGGAAUGCUCGGAGCAACUCUUCUGGCUGGUGGGGGUGCUGGGAGCAACUCGCCUGGCUGGUGGGGAUGCUAGGAGCAACUCACCCGGCUGGUGGGGGUGCUGAGAGCAACUCACCUGGCUGGUGGGGGUGCUCGGAGCAACUCGCCUGGCUGGUGGGAAUGCUCGGAGCAACUCACCUGGCUGGUGGGGGUGCUGGGAGCAACUCGCCUGGCUGGUGGGGGUGCUCGGAGCAACUCGCCUGGCUGGUGGGGGUGCUGGGAGCAACUCGCCUGGCUGGUGGGAAUGCUAGGAGCAACUCACCUGGCUGGUGGGGGUGCUGGGAGCAACUCGCCUGGCUGGUGGGGAUGCUAGGAGCAACUCACCCGGCAGGUGGGGGUGCGGAGAGCAACUCACCUGGCUGGUGCGGGUGCUCGGAGCAACUCGCCUGGCUGGUGGGGGUGCUGAGAGCAACUCGCCUGGCUGGUGGGAAUGCUUGGAGCAACUCGCCUGGCUGGUGGGGGUGUUGGGAGCAACUCACCUGGCUGGUGGGGGUGCUGGGAGCAACUCACCUGGCUGGUGGGGGUGCUGAGAGCAACUCACUUGGCUGGCGGGGGUGCUGGGAGCAACUCACAUGGCCGGUGGGGGUGCUGGGAGCAACUCGCCUGGCUGGUGGGGGUGCUGGGAGCAACUCAACUGGCUGGUGGGGGCGCUGGGAGCAACUCGUCUGGCUGGUGGGAGUGCUGGGAGCAACUCGCCUGGCUGGUGGGGGUGCUGGGAGCAACUUGCCUGGCUGGUGGGGGCGCUGGGAGCAACUCGUCUGGCUGGUGGGGGUGCUGGGAGCAACUCACCUGGCUCGUGGGGGUGCUGGGAGCAACUCGCCUGGCUGGCGGGGGUGCUUGGAGCAACUUGCCUGGCUGGUGGGGGUGCUAGGAGCAACUUGCCUGGCUGGUGGGGGUGCUGGGAGCAACUCGCCUGGCCGGUGGGGGUGCUGGGAGCAACUCACCUGUCUGGUGGGGGUGCUGGGAGCAACUCGCCUGGCUGGUGGGGGUGCUGGGAGCAACUCGCUUGGCCGGUGGGGGUGCUGGGAGCAACUCGCCUGGCUGGUGGGGGUGCUGGGAGCAACUCGCCUGGCUGGUGGGGGUGCUGGGAGCAACUCCCCUGGCUGGUGGGGGUGCUGGGAGGAACUCGCCUGGCUGGUGGGGGUGGUGGGAGCAACUCGCCUGGCUGGUGGGGGUGCUAGGAGCAACUCGCCUGGCUGGUGGGGGUGCUGGGAGCAACUCACCUGGCUGGUGGGGGUGCUAGGAGCAACUCACCUGGCUGGUGGGGGUGCUGGGAGCAACUCGCUUGGCUGGUGGGGGUGCUGGGAGCAACUCGCCUGGCUGGUGGGGGUGCUAGCAACUCACCUGGCUGGUGGGGGUGCUGGGAGCAACUCGCCUGGCUGGUGGGGGUGCUGGGAGCAACUCACCUGGCUGGUGGGGGUGCUGGGAGCAACUCGACUGGCUGGUGGGGGUGCUGGGAGCAACUCGCCUGGCUGGUGGGGGUGUUGGGAGCAACUCGCCUGGCUGGUGGGGGUGCUGGGAGCAACUCGUCUGGCUGGUGGGGGUGCUGGGAGCAACUCACCUGGCUGGUGGGGGUGCUGGGAGCAACUCGCCUGGCUGGUGGGGGUGUUGGGAGCAACUCGCCUGGCUGGUGGGGGUGCUCGGAGCAACUCGUCUGGCUUGUGGGGGUGCUGGGAGCAACUCACCUGGAUAAUGGGGGUGCUGGGAGCAACUCGCCUGACUGGUGCGGGUGCUGGGAGCAACUCGCCUAGCCUGAGCAACUCACCUGGCUGGUGGGGGUGCUGGGAGCAACUCGCUUGGCUGGUGGGGGUGCUGGGAGCAACUCGCCUGGCUGAUGGGGGUGCUGUGAGCAACUCGCCUGGCUGGUGGGGGUGCUGGGAGCAACUCGCCUGGCCGGUGGGGGUGCUGAGAGCAACUCACCUGGCUGGUGGGGGUGCUGGGAGCAACUCGCCUGGCUGGUGGGGGUGCUGGGAGCAACUCACCUGGCUGGUGGGGGUGCUGGGAGCAACUCGACUGGCUGGUGGGGGUGCUGGGAGCAACUCGCCUGGCUGGUGGGGGUGUUGGGAGCAACUCGCCUGGCUGGUGGGGGUGCUGGGAGCAACUCGUCUGGCUGGUGGGGGUGCUGGGAGCAACUCACCUGGCUGGUGGGGGUGCUGGGAGCAACUCGCCUGGCUGGUGGGGGUGUUGGGAGCAACUCGCCUGGCUGGUGGGGGUGCUCGGAGCAACUCGUCUGGCUUGUGGGGGUGCUGGGAGCAACUCACCUGGAUAAUGGGGGUGCUGGGAGCAACUCGCCUGACUGGUGCGGGUGCUGGGAGCAACUCGCCUAGCCUGUGGGGGUGCUGGGAGCAACUCGCCUGGCUGGUGGGGGUGUUGGGAGCAACUCGCCUGGCUGGUGGGGGUGCUGGGAGCAACUCGUCUGGCUGGUGGGGGUGCUGGGAGCAACUCACCUGGCUGGUGGGGGUGCUGGAAGCAACUCGCUUGGCUGGUGGGGGUGCUGGGAGCAACUCGCCUGGCGGGUGCGGGUGCUGGGAGCAACUCGUCUGGCUGGUGGGGGUGCUGGGAGCAACUCGCCUGGCUGGUGGGGGUGCUGGGAGCAACUCGACUGGCUGGUGGGGGUGCUGGGAGCAACUCAACUGGCUGGUGGGGGUGCUGGGAGCAACUCGCCUGGCUGGUGGGGGUGCUGGGAGCAACUCAACUGGCUGGGAGCAACUCACCUGGCUGGUGGGGGUGCUGGGAGCAACUCGCCUGGCUGGUGGGGGUGCUAGUAGCAACUCGCCUGGCUGGUGGGGGUGCUGGGAGCAACUCGCCUGGCUGGUGGGGGUGCUGGGAGCAACUCGCCUGGCUGGUGGGGGUGGUGGGAGCAACUCGCCUGGCUGGUGGGGGUGCUGGGAGCAACUCACCUGGCUGGUGGGGGUGCUGGGAGCAACUCACCUGGCUGGUGGGGGUGCUGGGAGCAACUCGCCUGGCUGGUGGGGGUGCUGGGAGCAACUCGCCUGGCUGGUGGGGGUGCUGGGAGCAACUCGCCUGGCUGGUGCGGGUGCUGGGAGCAACUCGCCUAGCCGGUGGGGGUGCUGGGAGCAACUCGCCUGGCUGGUGGGGGUGUUGGGAGCAACUCGCCUGGCUGGUGGGGGUGCUGGGAGCAACUCGUCUGGCUGGUGGGGGUGCUGGGAGCAACUCACCUGGCUGGUGGGGGUGCUGGGAGCAACUUGCUUGGCUGGUGGGGGUGCUGGGAGCAACUCGCCUGGCGGGUGCGGGUGCUGGGAGCAACUCGUCUGGCUGGUGGGGGUGCUGGGAGCAACUCGCCUGGCUGGUGGGGGUGCUGGGAGCAACUCGACUGGCUGGUGGGGGUGCUGGGAGCAACUCAACUGGCUGGUGGGGGUGCUGGGAGCAACUCGCCUGGCUGGUGGGGGUGCUGGGAGCAACUCAACUGGCUGGUGGGGGCGCUGGGAACAACUCGUCUGGCUGGUGGGAGUGCUGGGAGCAACUCGCCUGGCUGGUGGGGGUGCUGGGAGCAACUUGCCUGGCUGGUGGGGGCGCUGGGAGCAACUCGUCUGGCUGGUGGGGGUGCAGGGAGUAACUCACCUGGCUGGUGGGGGUGCUGGGAGCAACUCGCCUGGCUGGCGGGGGUGCUGGGAGCAACUUGCUUGGCUGGUGGGGGUGCUAGGAGCAACUUGCCUGGCUGGUGGGGGUGCUGUGAGCAACUCGCCUGGCCGGUGGGGGUGCUGGGAGCAACUCACCUGUCUGGUGGGGGUGCUGGGAGCAACUCGCCUGGCUGGUGGGGGUGCUGGGAGCAACUCGCUUGGCCGGUGGGGGUGCUGGGAGCAACUCGUCUGGCUGGUGGGGGUGCUAGAAGCAACUCGCCUGGCUGGUGGGGGUGCUGGGAGCAACUCGCCUGGCUGGUGGGGGUGCUGGGAGCAACUCGCCUGGCUGGUGGGGGUGGUGGGAGCAACUCGCCUGGCUGGUGGGGGUGCUGGGAGCAACUCACCUGGCUGGUGGGGGUGCUGGGAGCAACUCACCUGGCUGGUGGGGGUGCUGGGAGCAACUCGCCUGGCUGGUGGGGGUGCUGGGAGCAACUCGCCUGGCUGGUGGGGGUGCUGGGAGCAACUCGCCUGGCUGGUGGGGGUGCUGGGAGCAACUGGCCUGGCCGGUGGGGGUGCUGAGAGCAACUCACGUGGCUGGUGGGGGUGCUGGGAGCAACUCACCUGGCUAGUGGGGGUGCUGGGAGCAACUCGUCUGGCUGGUGGGGGUGCUGGGAGCAACUCACCUGGCUGGUGGGGGUGCUGGGAGCAACUCGCCUGGCUGGUGGGGGUGUUGGGAGCAACUCGCCUGGCUGGUGGGGGUGCUCGGAGCAACUCGUCUGGCUGGUGGGGGUGCUGGGAGCAACUCACCUGGAUGGUGGGGGUGCUGGGAGCAACUCGCCUGGCUGGUGGGGGUGCUGGGAGCAACUCGCCUGGCUGGUGGGGGUGCUGGGAGCAACUCGCCUGGCUGGUGGGGGUGUUGGGAGCAACUCGCCUGGCUGGUGGGGGUGCUGGGAGCAACUCGUCUGGCUGGUGGGGGUGCUGGGAGCAACUCACCUGGCUGGUGGGGGUGCUGGGAGCAACUCGCCUGGCUGGUGGGGGUGUUGGGAGCAACUCGCCUGGCUGGUGGGGGUGCUCGGAGCAACUCGUCUGGCUGGUGGGGGUGCUGGGAGCAACUCACCUGGAUGGUGGGGGUGCUGGGAGCAACUCGCCUGGCUGGUGCUGGGAGCAACUCGCCUGGCUGGUGGGGGUGCUGGGAGCAACUCACGUGGCUGGUGGGGGUGCUGGGAGCAACUCAACUGGCUGGUGGGGGUGCUGGGAGCAACUCAACUGGCUGGGAGCAACUCACCUGGCUGGUGGGGGUGCUGGGAGCAACUCGCCUGGCUGGUGGGGGUGCUGGGAGCAACUGACCUGGCUGGUGGGGGUGCUGGGAGCAACUCACCUGGCUGGUGGGGGUGCUGGGAGCAACUCACCUGUCUGGUGGGGGUGCUGGGAGCAACUCGCCUGGCUGGUGGGGGUGCUGGGAGCAACUCGCUUGGCCGGUGGGGGUGCUGGGAGCAACUCGCCUGGCUGGUGGGGGUGCUGGGAGCAACUCGCCUGGCUGGUGGGGGUGCUGGGAGCAACUCCCCUGGCUGGUGGGGGUGCUGGGAGGAACUCGCCUGGCUGGUGGGGGUGGUGGGAGCAACUCGCCUGGCUGGUGGGGGUGCUGGGAGCAACUCACCUGGCUGGUGGGGGUGCUAGGAGCAACUCGCCUGGCUGGUGGGGGUGCUGGGAGCAACUCGCCUGGCUGGUGGGGGUGCUGGGAGCAACUCGCCUGGCUGGUGGGGGUGCUGUGAGCAACUCGCCUGGCUGGUGGGGGUGCUGGGAGCAACUCGCCUGGCCGGUGGGGGUGCUGAGAGCAACUCACCUGGAUGGUGGGGGUGCUGGGAGCAACUCAACUGGCUGGUGGGGGUGCUGGGAGCAACUCGACUGGCUGGUGGGGGUGCUGGGAGCAACUCGCCUGGCUGGUGGGGGUGUUGGGAGCAACUCGCCUGGCUGGUGGGGGUGCUGGGAGCAACUCGUCUGGCUGGUGGGGGUGCUGGGAGCAACUCACCUGGCUGGUGGGGGUGCUGGGAGCAACUCGCCUGGCUGCCGGUGGGGGUGCUGGGAGCAACUCGCCUGGCUGGUGGGGGUGUUGGGAGCAACUUGCCUGGCUGGUGGGGGUGCUGGGAGCAACUCGUCUGGCUGGUGGGGGUACUGGGAGCAACUCACCUGGCUGGUGGGGGUGCUGGGAGCAACUCGCUUGGCUGGUGGGGGUGCUGGGAGCAACUCGCCUGGCGGGUGCGGGUGCUGGGAGCAACUCGUCUGGCUGGUGGGGGUGCUGGGAGCAACUCGCCUGGCUGGUGGGGGUGCUGGGAGCAACUCGACUGGCUGGUGGGGGUGCUGGGAGCAACUCAACUGGCUGGUGGGGGUGCUGGGAGCAACUCGCCUGGCUGGUGGGGGUGCUGGGAGCAACUCAACUGGCUGGUGGGGGCGCUGGGAGCAACUCGUCUGGCUAGUGGGAGUGCUGGGAGCAACUCGCCUGGCUGGUGGGGGUGCUGGGAGCAACUUGCCUGGCUGGUGGGGGCGCUGGGAGCAACUCGUCUGGCUGGUGGGGGUGCAGGGAGCAACUCACCUGGCUGGUGGGGGUGCUGGGAGCAACUCGCCUGGCUGGCGGGGGUGCUGGGAGCAACUUGCCUGGCUGGUGGGGGUGCUAGGAGCAACUUGCCUGGCUGGUGGGGGUGCUGUGAGCAACUCGCCUUGCCUGUGGGGGAGCUGGGAGCAACUCACCUGUCUGGUGGGGGUGCUGGGAGCAACUCGCCUGGCUGGUGGGGGUGCUGGGAGCAACUCGCUUGGCCGGUGGGGGUGCUGGGAGCAACUCGCCUGGCUGGUGGGGGUGCUAGGAGCAACUCGCCUGGCUGGUGGGGGUGCUGGGAGCAACUCGCCUGGCUGGUGGGGGUGCUGGAAGCAACUCGCCUGGCUGGUGGGGGUGGUGGGAGCAACUCGCCUGGCUGGUGAGGGUGCUGGGAGCAACUCACCUGGCUGGUGGGGGUGCUGGGAGCAACUCACCUGGCUGGUGGGGUUGCUGGGAGCAACUCGCCUGGCUGGUGGGGGUGCUGGGAGCAACUCGCCUGGCUGGUGGGGGUGCUGGGAGCAACUCGCCUGGCUGGUGCGGGUGCUGGGAGCAACUCACCUAGCCGGUGGGGGUGCUGGGAGCAACUCGCCUGGCUGGUGGGGGUGUUGGGAGCAACUCGCCUGGCUGGUGGGGGUGCUGGGAGCAACUCGUGUGGCUGGUGGGGGUGCUGGGAGCAACUCACCUGGCUGGUGGGGGUGCUGGGAGCAACUCGCUUGGCUGGUGGGGGUGCUGGGAGCAACUCGCCUGGCGGGUGCGGGUGCUGGGAGCAACUCGUCUGGCUGGUGGGGGUGCUGGGAGCAACUCGCCUGGCUGGUGGGGGUGCUGGGAGCAACUCGACUGGCUGGUGGGGGUGCUGGGAGCAACUCAACUGGCUGGUGGGGGUGCUGGGAGCAACUCGCCUGGCUGGUGGGGGUGCUGGGAGCAACUCAAUUGGCUGGUGGGGGCGCUGGUAACAACUCGUCUGGCUGGUGGGAGUGCUGGGAGCAACUCGCCUGGCUGGGAGCAACUCACGUGGCUGGUGGGGGUGCUGGGAGCAACUCGCCUGGCUGGCGGGGGUGCUGGGAGCAACUUGCCUGGCUGGUGGGGGUGCUAGGAGCAACUUGCCUGGCUGGUGGGGGUGCUGUGAGCAACUCGCCUGGCCGGUGGGGGUGCUGGGAGCAACUCACCUGUCUGGUGGGGGUGCUGGGAGCAACUCGCCUGGCUGGUGGGGGUGCUGGGAGCAACUCGCUUGGCCGGUGGGGGUGCUGGGAGCAACUCGCCUGGCUGGUGGGGGUGCUAGUAGCAACUCGCCUGGCUGGUGGGGGUGCUGGGAGCAACUCGCCUGGCUGGUGGGGGUGCUGGGAGCAACUCGCCUGGCUGGUGGGGGUGGUGGGAGCAACUCGCCUGGCUGGUGGGGGUGCUGGGAGCAACUCACCUGGCUGGUGGGGGUGCUGGGAGCAACUCACCUGGCUGGUGGGGGUGCUGGGAGCAACUCACCUGGCUGGUGGGGGUGCUGGGAGCAACUCGCCUGGCUGGUGGGGGUGCUGGGAGCAACUCGCCUGGCUGGUGGGGGUGCUGGGAGCAACUGGCCUGGCCGGUGGGGGUGCUGAGAGCAACUCACCUGGCUGGUGGGGGUGCUGGGAGCAACUCGCCUGGCUGGUGGGGGUGCUAGGAGCAACUCACCUGGCUGGUGGGGGUGCUGGGAGCAACUCGCCUGGCUGGUGGGGGUGCUGGGAGCAACUCGCCUGGCUGGUGGGGGUGUUGGGAGCAACUCGCCUGGCUGGUGGGGGUGCUGGGAGCAACUCGUCUGGCUGGUGGGGGUGCUGGGAGCAACUCACCUGGCUGGUGGGGGUGCUGGGAGCAACUCGCCUGGCUGGUGGGGGUGUUGGGAGCAACUCGCCUGGCUGGUGGGGGUGCUGGGAGCAACUCACCUGGAUGGUGGGGGUGCUGGGAGCAACUCGCCUGGCUGGUGCGGGUGCUGGGAGCAACUGGCCUAGCCGGUGGGGGUGCUGGGAGCAACUCACCUGGCUGGUGGGGGUGCUAGGAGCAACUCGAAUGGCUGGUGGGGGUGCUGGGAGCAACUCGCCUGGCUGGUGGGGGUGCUGGGAGCAACUCCCCUGGCUGGUGGGGGUGCUGGGAGCAACUCACCUGGCUGGUGGGGGUGCUGGUAGCAACUCACCUGGCUGGUGGGGGCGCUGGGAGCAACUCGCCUGGCUGGUGGGGGUGCUGGGAGCAACUCGCCUGGCUGGUGGGGGUGUUGGGAGCAACUCGCCUAGCUGGUGGGGGUGUUGGGAGCAACUCGCCUGGCUGGUGGGGGUGCUAGGAGCAACUCACCUGGCUGGAGCAACUCACCUGGCUGGUGGGGGUGCUAGGAGCAACUCAACUGGCUGGUGGGGGUGCUGGGAGCAACUCAACUUGCUGGUGGGGGUGCUAGGAGCAACUCGCCUGGCUGGUGGGGGUGCUGGGAGCAACUCGCCGGGGGUGCUGGGAGCAACUCGCCUGGCUGGUGGGGGUGCUGGGAGCAACUCGCCUGGCUGGUGGGGGUGUUGGGAGCAACUCGCCUGGCUGUUGGGGGUGCUGGGAGCAACUCGUCUGGCUGGUGGGGGUGCUGGGAGCAACUCACCUGGCUGGUGGGGGUGCUGGGAGCAACUCGCCUGGCUGGUGGGGGUGUUGGGAGCAACUCGCCUGGCUGGUGGGGGUGCUCGGAGCAACUUGUCUGGCUGGUGGGGGUGCUGGGAGCAACUCACCUGGAUGGUGGGGGUGCUGGGAGCAACUCGCCUGGCUGGUGCGGGUGCUGGGAGCAACUGGCCUAGCCGGUGGGGGUGCUGGGAGCAACUCACCUGGCUGGUGGGGGUGCUAGGAGCAACUCGAAUGGCUGGUGGGGGUGCUGGGAGCAACUCGCCUGGCUGGUGGGGGUGCUGGGAGCAACUCCCUUGGCUGGUGGGGGUGCUGGGAGCAACUCACCUGGCUGGUGGGGGUGCUGGUAGCAACUCACCUGGCUGGUGCAGCAACGCAGCCGAGCAGCAGCGUAGCCGCGAAGCUGAGGGUGGUGUGUGGGGGGGUGUGUGGGAAUAG